AUGUACAAAGUUCUGUCCUUUUUUCCUCCGCCACUGUUUGCUCCUACACAAAUGAAUAAGAACAGCAGGCUCCAUACCAAUUCUAACAUAAGAAACACUGUUUUCUCUGAAAUUGGCAUUGGGAUCUCAGCCAACAGCUUCCUUCUUCUCUUCUACAUCCUCAAGUUCAUUCGUGGGCACAGGCCCAGACCCACUGAUGUGCUCAUUGUUCUGCUGGCCCUAAUGCACCUACUGAUGCUAAUAUUCACGGCAUUCAUAGUCAUGGACAUUUUUAUUUCUUUGAGGGGAUGGGAUGACACCAUAUGUAAACUCAUUGUCUACCUGUACAGAAUUUUUAGGGGCAUCUCCCUUUGUACCACCUGCCUGCUAAGUGUUCUCCAGGCCAUCACCCUCAGCCCCAGACAAUCCUAUUUAGCAAAGUUCAAACAUAAAUUUCUACAUUAUAAUUUAUAUGUCCUCCUUUUCUUGAGUGUCUUCUAUAUAUCCAUUAGCAGUCACCUCUCAAUAACGAUUGUUGCCACCCCUAAUUUGACCUCAGAUAACUUCAUGUAUGUUACAAAUUCUUGCUCUCUUUUACCCAUGAGUUACUUGAUGAGACACAUAUUUUCUGCACUGUUAACCCUCAGGGAAGUCUUUCUUAUCAGUCUCAUGGUCCUCUCCAGUGGGUACAUGGUGAUUCUUUUGUAUAGACACAAGAAGCAGGCCCGGCAUCUUCACAGCACCAGCCUUUCUCCAAAAGCAUCCCCAGAGCAAAGGGCCACCCGGACCAUCCUGCUGCUCAUGAGCUUCUUUGUGGUAAUGUCCAUCUUGGACAGCAUUAUCUCUUACUCAAGAACCAUGUUGAAUGACCAUCCUAUAUUUUAUUGUAUCCAGAUUCUCGUGGCCCACAGCUAUGCAGCACUCAGUCCUUUGGUGUUCAUCAGUAUUGAAGUUCAUACAAUCAGCUUUUCUGAAUCCAUGUGUGGGAGGACAGCAAAAAUAUCUAACUCGGUGAAUAUAAGUCCAUUUAAGAUGAACCCAUAUACUGACACACUAUUAGUGAUGAAAUGA